CCCAUGACAGCCAGUGGCCAUCCGAGAGCCAUCUCUAUUGAUAUCGACUCUGGACGGCACUCUUCACGCCAUCGGCCAGCGAUCGGGUCUUAUAAAGUGGUCUCUGAAUGAGUCGCCGAUUCUUAAGUUACCAAACAUUGAGAACAUCACUCGUCAGCACAGGAGGAGAAACCUAUUCCUUCCCGACCCUAAAGACGGCUCACUAUAUCUCUACAAUGGCUUCAGUGCGGCGGACACGGAGUCGGACGACAGGGAGUCCUUAGAGAAGCUUCCCUUCACUAUCAGUGAAUUGGUGUCUUCGAGUCCUUGUCGUAGUUCUGAUGGCAUUCUAUACACCGGCAAAAAGAUCGACGAAUGGAUUACAAUCAACGCC